CAGACAGCAAAGAGUGCCGCAGUUAUCUAGGAAUCUGAGCCAAAGCAACCUCACUAACAGACAGAGAGCAGGAGAAAGAGGAACACCAGGAUUGAGAUGAACUGAGGAGGGUAAAAAAGAAAGAAGAAGAAGAAGAAGAGGAGGAUGAAAGAAGAACAAAGAGUUAGAAAACAAGACAAACAAGGACAAGAGUAGAAAUAUCUAAACAGAAAACAGACAGGUUAGCAAACACUUUCCACCUGAAGAGGCAGUUAUUGAGGUAUAAAGGGAAAUUACGUAAAAACAACAACUCAGAGCUCGGAGGAAGGAGGAUUUCGUACCACUGCUCAAGAGUUUCAGGCAAAGGUCAGGACAAGCUUGCAUUUCUGCAUUUUCCCAUGAUUCUAUUCGGUUCUCUCGGUUUGCUCCCUCUGCUGUCACUGUAUGUGGGAGCGCUGCUGUCCUCAGAUGCAUCUCCAGCCUGCUCACACCCUCCCUGCAGGGACAACCUGGUGGCUUCACCCAUGCAGUCUGGCAUGGGAGCAGGAGUGGGCAAAGUGGCCUGUGAGGGUCAAACCGGGACAACAGCCUGCAGGAAGGGGGUCUCACUCCCAGUGAUCUCAGAAGUUCCUCGAAAGGUGGAGCACAGGCACGAUUUCCCCCAGGUUCAGGCUAAGACUGGAGGCGUUAAAGAGCGUCUUGUUCAGCUGCAGCGCUGCAUGCGCUCUCUCCAGGAAACAGGGGGCCCUUUAAGUCAAGGGGGCCAGGAGAGCAACUCUCUAGGGGCCAUCCUGGCACUAAUGGCAGCUGUACUGACAGAGUGUGACCUCCACUGUCACAGCCAGGCCCUUGGGGCGAUGGCCAAACGACUGGAAAGUGCAGCCGUGGGAAGAGAGGGGGAAAAAGACCUGCUGCUUUUCCUCAAGAGCAUCACACAAUACCCACCCACAGUUUCCCCCUUGGAGAGGUUACAUCCUCAGGACUGUGCAGAGAUUUACAAGAUCGGGAUCAAAGAGAACGGCAUCUACACCAUCCAGCCUGACCCGCACAGGCCGGCAUUGGAGGCUAAAUGUGACAUGGAGACGGCGGGUGGUGGGUGGACAGUGAUCCAGAAUCGGCAGGAUGGCUCACUUGACUUCAACGGGACAUGGCAGGAAUACCGGGAGGGCUUUGGCAGUCCGCAGGGAGAGCACUGGCUUGGGAACGCCGCGCUGCAUGCUCUCACCGCCACUGGCCAACACCAACUCCGCAUUGAGCUGGAGGACUGGCACCAGCAGAAGCGUCAUGCUACCUACAACAACUUCAAAGUGGCCUCAGAGGCACAGAGAUACCGUCUAACAGCACGGGAAUACUCUGGCGAUGCAGGCAACGCACUGAGCUACAGUAAACGUUACAACCACGAUGGCAGAUCCUUCAGCACCACUGACCGAGACCACGACCGCUAUGCAGCUGGGAACUGUGGUCAGUACUACGGUGCAGGCUGGUGGUUUGAUGCCUGCCUGGCAGCAAACCUGAAUGGACGGUAUUACCGUGGGCGGUACAGUGGGGUGACCAACGGUAUCUACUGGGGUACGUGGUACAUCCUGACAGAUGGACAAACUGGAGAACGCUACUCCUUCAAGAGGGUGGAGAUGAAGACAAGACCCAGGAAUUUCCUCGGAACAUCCUAAAGAUAAUGACGACAACUCUCAUGGGAACAUGUGCUAUAGUACAAUGAUAAUCAUGUCAGCCACAGUUUUGCAUUGGCUUUCUGUGUGGACGUCACUCUACUUAGAGCAGCUUUCAUGUCACUUAUCACUUAAAUGCAGAUGGCAGCUAAUAGAAAUAAAUAUACAAAUUCACUAGCACUCCAUAUUACAAUAUUGUUUUGUUUAUUUAAGGGGCUUCUCUCUUUAAAACACAUGUAUACUGUUACUCCACAACAGUGAAACAAAGACACAUUGGAAAAAAUACUUUGAUUAAUCACUGGGGUUGGUUUGGUGCGGCACGUCUCUGCAUGCAGUCAUCGUUUACACAUAAUGGAUGGUUUUA